AUGUUAUACUUUAAUUUAUUUCCUGGUGAUGACAAUCUUCAUGAAGUUGAAGAGUGUAGUAUAGUUGAUGGAUUAACACAGUGUUCAUCGUCAUUAUCAACUAGUUUAUUAAAUACCGCUUGUUCAUCCUCAUCAUCAGAAUUUCGUAAACCGCCCCGUAAACGACGUAGAACUUAUAUUGACAAGAACUUUGGAAAAAACCGAAUUUGUAGAUCAGAAAGAACAGAAGAAAUUCAUCAAACGUUAGCUAAAAUGAUCGCUAUCAACCAAAUGCCCUUAUCCUUUUGUUCUAGUUCCGGUUUUAAACAAUUUAUGAGCAUAGUCGAACCAAAUUAUAUUAUCUGUAAGGAAAGUGCUAUCAAACAGAGACUCAAAGGAUUCAAAUCGUCGGUUGAAAAUUUAAUAAAAAAAGAAUUAAAAGAUGCCAAAAGUGUAAGUUGUACAUCGGACUGUUGGUCAUCAAUAGCUCAAGAAUCGUACAUAACAGUUACUGCACAUUUUAUUGAUGACCAGUGGUGCCCAAAAUCAUACACUUUGACAACUCACAAAUUAGAAGAGCGUCAUACAGCUUCAAAUUUAUCUGAUCAAUUAGAAAAUACUUUUAAUAAAUGGGAAAUCAACCAAAAAGUUACGGCAGUAGUUACUGACAAUGCAAAAAAUCAUUCAAAUUUAGCUAGUCAAUAUUUAAAAGAUAAACAAGAACAACUAGGUAUGCCAACAGAAAGUUUAAUUCAAAGCUGUAAAACCAGGUGGAAUUCUAUAUUUAUGAUGCUUGAUCGAAUUUAUAAAAAUAGGUGCCCUAUUUCAAAUGUUCUUGCUGAUCGUUCGUUAACUACAGCAGCGAUGGCACACAAAUUUGAAGUGUCAGAACACCAAUGGACAAAUGUAGAAACACUUAUAAAAUUGCUUAAGCCUCUACAAAUUAUGACCACUGUUUUUUGUGGGGAAAAAUAUUGUUCUAGUUCAAUGGUGAGACUUCUUCUAAACGCAGUUAUAGAAAAGCAUUUAAAGCAUAAUAUAAGUGAUGAUGAAAUAGCUGAACAUUUUAAAACAACUGUAAUAAGAGAACUUUCAGACCGUUUUUAA